CGCGACGUCGAUUAAAGAUGACGUUGAAUUUGUGACGUUUAUCACUUUUGCAGUCCGCAAUGUUUUGAUGCAGUUGGUUAUGAGACGUGUUGGAGUUAAAGCCAAACGGGAAUGUUUAUUUGUCGAUCGUACUCGUUGUCACGGUACAAAUGUACAAAACCUUUUUUGUUUUGCUAAGGUUGUACGCGACUGUUUUUAGCUCUGGUCACUUGGCAUGGCUUGAAUUCCGCAAAGCAGAUUGCUACUGAUAUUUUGAUACUGCGAGUGCGCUAUUAGUAGCUAUGAACGCGAUACUAAUUUAUGCGCAUUAAACCUCGCCAAUGUACAGCUGUAGGAGCCCAUAUCACUUUUUGGAGUCGGGACGGACAAAAUGUACUCACUGGAUAUGCAGACCAUUAGCCGUGUCAACUUCUGCCUUUGUAUAUCCACGACACUCAAACAAAGGAGUGGGUAAAUCGUGACUUUCUUUAUGAUCCACACAAUUUAUGCACAGUUAGAUUCAGUUGAAUCGCUUUUGGACGAGUACCCCUAUAUGUUUUUUCUCGGGUUAUUCUUUGUGAACGUCCUCAUCCUCUACUACGCCUUUCUGAUGGAAUACAUCGUCCUCAAUGUGGGCAUAGUAUUUAUGCCUGAGGAUAUGGACCGGGCUCUUGUGGACCUUGGGGUACUUUCUGACCCUGCAUCCCUCCCCUAUGACUCGGACGCAGAUUUGGAUGUGGUUGAGGGUUAUCUAGAGUAACAAGGGAGUGAUGGAGGAUUGGAAUGCAAUGCUGGUGAAGAGGAUGGAGAGGUCAGGGACAAACGAGGCCUGUCUGCUGGAUGGUUGUUGCCUUUUGGGACACAUAGGAGCAAGGUCAUCUCAGCGUGACUAUGACCUCCAUCGCCGAAAGGUCACUAUCCCUCGGGAAGACUCAUUCUGUCAACGCAACCAACCUGGACAUCCAGAUGAGCAUUUGUGUCCUUCACUUGGCACAUAAUGACAAAAAAAACAGCAAUACUAUAUAUACACUGCAAGUAAGAAGAUAUUCUCACUGUGGAUUUAAAGUACAGUAUUGAUCCAGACAUAAGAAGCUCGGUGCAAAUCAUGCACGGUAUCCCACAUCAAAUCAGUUGGAUGCACCAAACACUUAAAUGAUCGCGGCAUGGGAGCGUUUGUAUUCUGAAAAUUGUUCCAUUUGAAUUUCCUUAUUAUUGAUUUAAGGAGAAUGUAUGUUUUGCUUUGCAGUUACAUGUGUGUUUAACAUGAUGCAAGUUUGCUCACAUCUGAUUCUUAGUCAUACUGGUGCCUUGUGGGUGCACCUCUCAAACAUGGCACUGGAUGUAGGCUGAACUAUUGUUUUGGGGUUUGCUUUGUUUUUCUCUGACACUAAACUUAAAAUGUCCUCUUCAAUGUAUAUAUCUAGUAUACAUUCUAAGUUGUAAUUCUGAAUUGUUGAUCUUAAAGCAGCUACUUCUUAUUUAACUCUUAAAUUUAUCCUGUGAAUAUGUUUUUCAUUUAUUUUUCAAAUGUAAGAAACUUGAAACAAACUCAAUGCUGGUUGAAUGUUUAAUUUUAUUUCUAUCUUGGAAUCUUUGAUAGUUUUUUUUUUAUCCUGUUAUGGAUUGAGCAUUUUCUUUAAUAAAAAGUGUAUCUUGAAGCAAUAAUAAACUAAAUUAAACAAUUUAAAUCAUGAGUUUAAAUAAUAAUUCUGUGAUACUGGAGGAAUUAAAAACGACAAGGUUAUUUUCAUAAUUGUUACAUUCAUUUACUUAGCAGUCUUCUUUAAUUAUCACUUCUUUACAUUUUAAGCAUCUUAUUGUAUUAUGAGUACUAAUUCUGCCAUCCACAAAUAGUAAUUCAGACAACAUACAUGAUAGCGUA